AUGAAAAGAGCUCUGUUGAAAAAUUUCUCUCUGUGCACUCGAAAUCUCCUUCUGUCUCCUCCCAAAUUAAACCCUAACCCUAGCCGAUCACUUCCUCAUCUCGCUGUCUCGACUCGUUUUAGACUCAGUAGGUUCUACUCUUCUGAGUCUGACUCUUCCAGUCAAUCAAAAUUUCUCCAAACCCAGAAGUCAAGUGGCUCCAUUGAAGAUGCUGAUAAGCUCAGCACUCAAGAGAUAAAAAACCUGGUAGAGAAGUUCUAUGGAGGCGAAGAAGAGGCACUACCAUUAAUUUUCGACGCUAUUAUGAAGAGGAAGUUGGCAGGGAUACCGGAUGAUGAGCUGAGAAAAGAACUUUAUCUAAAUUCUCCUACAGAUGAUUUCGAGGAGGACGAGUUUGAUUCUGAUAUUGAAGGCGAAUGGAUUGAGAUUGAUGAGGAUGGUGAUAAUUUACUCUCGGUUGAUUCAGCAAAGAAGGCAGGGAGGUUAAUAAUGACGGAACAGUUCAAGUAA